AUGGAAAUGUUGUCCCUAAAUAUAUCAUCCUACUCGAAACCAUCUGAGUAUCAAGUCUCAAAAUUGCCCACCCCAACUCUAGUCAACCCAAAGGAUGUGAUAGUCAAGGUAUACGCCGCUAGCAUCAAUCCUAUUGACGUCAAGAGAGCCGAUGGCGCAUUGAGACUUGCUGUGAAAGACCCCUUUCCCUACAAAAUUGGUUAUGAUUGUGCCGGCGUUGUUCAAGAAACUGGGCGAGCCGUGAAAAAGUUCAAGGUCGGAGACGCUGUGUAUAUUAGACUCCCUGAAGUUUCCCGGGGAUCAUGCAGCGAAAUUAUCAAAUGCUCUGAGGAACAUAUCGGUCUUAAGCCGCCGUCGCUGUCUUUUGAAGAAGCAGCCUCAAUUCCAUUAGCAGCGAUGACUUCCCUCCAAGCUCUUCGGCUAUACCGUGGCGACCUUGCCGGAAAAACUGUCUUUGUGCCUGCCGGAUUGAGCGGUACGGGCUUGUUUGCAUGUCAACUUGCCAAGCAUGUAUUCCAUGCGGGUAAGGUCAUCACUACAGUCUCGACUGCGAAAAUCCCGAAAUUAAAAGAACUCCUGGGUGAAAACACUAUCGAUCAGGUUAUCGACUAUACGAAUUCCGACCCCAGGGAUGUGAUUGAACAUGGGACAAUCGACUUUCUCUUUGACACCGUUGGCCUUUCUAUGGAGCUAUUGUGUCUGAUGCGGCCAGGAUCAAGCCGUAUUGUAUCAGUCUCUACUCUACCUUCUGGAAAUCAGCUACAGGCUUCACCUCUCAUGGACCUGCCUCACAAACCCACUAUUCCGUUCGCCUUUCGGAUGGGACUCAAUCUCGCUGAUCAGGUUCGAAAGGUCAGAGCACGCCGUUACAAGACGGAGUAUUCCUACAUGUUUCUUGUAUCGUCUGGUAAGGAUUUGGACGAACUCAGGCGAUAUGUCGAAGACGGGAGACUCAAAACAGUGGUGGGAUCAGUCGUUGACUUGCAAGAUAUUGAAGCCGUGAGAAAGGCUUGUGGGACUGUGUACAGCGGUCGGGGGGGAAUAGGGAAGCUGGUAAUUCGCGUUCGCGGGUCGGAGUAG